UUCCUUUCUCUUUAUCUAAAUGUAGUAAAUAAUUAAUAAAAGUAUGGUAUAAACUAAAGAUGCUAAUUUUUAGAGAAGAUAAAGAUUUUUAAUUGCAAAUAAUAUUGAAAUUUAUCGAUGAUGUCACUCACGGCUUAAAUCUGAUUCUAUCGAUCGAUGUACGCUAUUCGACCCUAGGACAUGACGAGUGUUUAUAUUUUUGUUUGUCAUGAACGUUAGUUUUAGUUACCACUUUCCUGUCAUUUUGCUGAUGCAUCUCUUCUAUUUUUUCACGCUGUAUAAAUAUUAAGUUUAAAUUUAGUUGCCUGGGUUAUUGAUCGUUUGAUGAUAAAUUUUAUAAACAGUUUUUAUUUCUGCAAGCUAUCAGAAACGUUAUCCGUAGUGCUUAUCUGUCAUUUUAUGUGUUCGAAUGUUCUAUGAUUUACGGAGGUAUUUUAAAUUUAGCCUCUAAAUGAGAAUAAGGGUGCAAGAAGUAAGAUAGUAUAUACAGUGUCUGAAAAAGUGCAGGAGAACCUAGCGCUUAACCGUUUUAUGAUCAUCAACGAGCUGAGCUCGCAUUCCACUUACGCACUGCAGUAGGCACAAGCAAACACAGAUUGCAUUAAAAAUUUACAACUGACAGCUAUCGUGCAUAUUUGGAAAGAAGAUUUGUUUAAUCUCACUUCUGCCAAAGGGUUAAACUCGUUUAGGGAUCUGCUUCAUAAAUUUCAUUGAAAUGUAUUUCUCUCAAGCUUACACUAAAGAAAAUUAUCUAGAAGGAUGCAUGCAGUUUUAAAAGCUACCCGUGGGAAAAUGUUAUAAGCACAUUGUGUAGGAAAUAUGGAUUCAGAAGUCAAACAGAUCAUUUUGUUCAGAUCUUAUUGAAGAAACUUCAUAAAAUGAAGUAUCAGCGGCUGGUAUCUAGUACUACACCAUCUUCUCUGCAGGAAUGGUUGGAACAAGAACUUGAGAAUCGCAAUAUUGAUGGUGUUUAUGCACGUUACAUUUUGAGCCUUCUGCAACAAGAUAAUUUUGAUGUUGAACCAUUUGAAUGUGAGCAUGCCAAAAAUGCCCAGCACAAGAUGUUGCACAAGUAUGGUGGGCCUGAAAGUUUAUAUUCUGUUACUAAAGCAAAGCAUCAGAAAUGGAAAACUUGGGGUAAACAAAUUUUGUUAACUUCAGGAGCUGCCUGUUGUACUACUAUAUCUUGUGAUCUUGAAAGAAUGAAAAGACAAGCUGCUAUUGAAUGUUUAAGAUCAGCAUCUGAGCACAUAAAUGAUGUAGAUAAGCUUAUUGAUGAAGUGUGUUUCAAACUGAAAAAUAUCAAGAAUCUUGGAGGAAAAAAAGAUGAAGAUACCAGGCAGAGGGAAAGCUAUUUUUACAUUUCACCAUCUUCUCCAACUGAAGAAGUUGAAAAAUACUUUGCUGCUUUCCCUCCUCUCACUGGCAGAAUUGAACAAGAACCUGAAUUAAACCAGCCGGAAUUUGCAAAAAAUGUGUGGUGUGGAAAUUGUUUUAUGAAAACAAAAUGUGAUUUAGAAGAAAUAUAUGAACCAACAUACAAUAAUUCAAAUGUCCAAAAGAAAGAAAAUAAGAGUUUCCAACCUGUCAUUCCAUAUAGUUCCUUAAAAGCCAUAAAAAAUGUAUACAAAAAUGAAAAUACUGCAGUAAUUUCUUCAAAACAAGAAAAGACAGUAAUAGCUAACAACUUAAAAUUGUCUCCCCAUAGCAAUAGCAACACAGCUCUUGUUUCACUUAUUGACAGCUGGUCGAAUAAUAACCAUAAUAAAAAACAGAAAAUUUCCAUUAAACUUUUGAUGUGGUCCAUGAAAUCUGUGUUAAAAUUCAGAUAUCUUUCUCUGCCUUUUGAAAAUCUACAUUUGUGUUCAAUAAGAAAUUACUUGUAUAGCAAAUUAAACCUCUUAAGUUUAACUGCUGAAAUGCCUGCUUGUAGAGUGGCAGAGACAAUUUUCAGCUUUGAACAUAUUCAGUCAGUCCAUAAGGAAUUAGAAAAUAAUGACUGUAGCAAAAUUUUGUUCGAGAAAUCAGAUGUUAUCGCUCACAAAAGUGUGUUUUUUCAAGGGAAAACAUGUAUACAUUUUGAUCAUGAAGAAAGUGAAGUUGGUUCAGAUUCUUCAAAUUGUGUAACUAAGCAUUCUGGAGAUCAGUCAUGUAGGUUCAUCAAACCAACUUUGCCAUUGCAUUCGUCUCUCAGAGUGGAAUGUGUUGAAAAUCCUUUAUUUUCUAAUUCCUCUAUAAACAAAGAAAAUACUUUAAAGUGUUUUUUAGAGUCUUCUACUAAAACUGAUGUAAAAGCCUCUACAUGCCUCUCGAACAGUGCAUUUAUUCGGCAUUUGGAAGUGCACAACUUGGCAAAAGAUCAGUGUGGUAGUGCUAUUUUUAGCACCAUUUCAAAUGAUCAUGGAAAUACCAUGUUCUGUGCAUCAUCAUUGAAAACCCUAACUUCCGAGAAUAUAAAUGUGGGGGAUAUAUGCCCUUGCCCUCAGCAAAAUGUAGAAGAAUGCAUUCAGCCCAAUCAAAGUACUUUAUUUCCGAUAUUUAAAAGUUCUUGUUUGUUGAAUCAGCAGAAAGAAAGUAAAUUUUCAGAAGUUAUGCCUUAUAGAAAAUAUCAAAAUAUACUAAAUGUAACUGAUAAGGAGGAUGAGAUUUUUUAUUCUGAUAAUGAUUCAUGUGAAAUUUUUAAUUCUGAUGAAGAAAAUUUAUUUACAUCAUCCAAAACUCAUUUUCAACCCAUUCAACAGAACUUUAAGUUACAUUUCACAGAAGUAGAACGGGAAGACCAUAAGCGUAGUGCAAUAAAUGUUAAUUUUACUUCCAAAAAUAGUUUUGGAAGAGAACUGACAUCAGCUUCGGUAGUUCCAGACAAUUAUUUAGGGCAAAAGUUAUUAAAAAAAGCACUCUGCAUCAAUAGAGAAACUCUUCCUUUUGAAGUGAAAGUAAGAAAUGAUUCAUCAUCAUCAUUUGUUGAUCAGGUUUCUUUCAUUCAGUUAAAUAAAAACUGUGAAAAUACUGAUGCAGGAAUAGUUGAUAAAUUGAAAUGUGUUCAGUUAUUUAGAGAUAAUGAAAUAAACACAGAUAAUGUCCACAAUCUUUUAUACUAUUCUAAAAUAGAUAAGACAGCAAAUAUUCUAAAUGAAGAUAAUUUUAAUUUGCAGGCAAGCCGAUUAAUGCAAAAUUGUCAAAAAAUGAUGGGCAGAAGUACAUGCAUGGAAGAUAGCAGUGGAAUAGAAUAUAUAUGGGAGAAAGAAAUAGAUAAGGAUUAUGCGAGAGAAUUGCAAAAAACAAAAAAAGCUAUUUUGUAUGAUAAAUCAGCUCUUCGUAAGGAAAUAAAUGAAGAAGCUGAAGAACUUUUAAGAGGCUUGUUUUGUGCAGUUACCUUUGAUAAUGAUAGUAUUUCUUCAAUAUUAGACAAUGAAUUAGUUAUGCCUGAGCAUGUUUCAUUACACUCUGAAGAAGUAAAGGAAGAUUUUCAAUUUAUUAUUGAUAGAGAUGUACCUGAUAGUGAUAUUUUAGUGCCAAGUAAAGCAGUAUCUAAUGUUACUGAUUGCAAUAAAAUUUUUAAUGAAACUAAAUUAACUGUGCCACUUCACAAUGCUGAUAAUUUAUACAGUAUUGAUAUGGAUGAAAAUGAAUUAAUUAGAAGUCAACCACUAAACUCAGAUCAUUAUGUUCUUGACAGUAAAGGUGAAACAUAUCAGGCAACUGAUUUCUUUGAUUUAAGUGCCUUCCAAGGUUCAUUUGAAAGUCUGGAAAAUCAGACAGUCAGGAAAGAUUCUUAUACUGAAGGUGGAGGAUGGAGUCUUGCAUCUGAUAGCUUUCUGGAAGUGGAUUCUGAAGCUUUCUAUGAUGGUUCAUACUCCCUAGAAAACUUGGAUACAGAUGAAACAAAAAAAGAAUGCUAUAAUUUUGAACAAGACAGGCAGAGUUAUCCCUCAGAAACUGAAGAAUGUAUUAAGAUGAGUUUCUUUUAUAAAGGGCCUUCAAAUUAUAUCCGCAAGCGUAUGAAACAAAAGCACCCACCUUGGAAACGGCCAUGCUCCUUUUUUAUGGAAGGAAAUUGUCAUCGCAGUGACUGUAAGUUUUCUCAUGAUCUUUCAUCCAUAACAUGCCGAUUUUGGCAAGAGAAUGCUUGUUUCAAAGGGAUUACCUGUCCAUUUCUGCAUGGAUAUAUUAAUGAAAAAGAAACAUCAGUUCAAGAAGACUAUCAUCUACAAAGUGAUGUCCCUGACCAGAACUAUUCCUUGGAGUCAGAAUCAGAUUUUCCAUCUCUUACAUCUUCAAAACCUGUGGUAUCAAUGACCAAGUCAGAUCCUGUUGAUAUAGUUCAAGAGCGAAUUUGUCGAAAAAAAAGAAAAAAAGAAAAAUCUCAAUCAAAUUCACUUCGAAAUGGUGAACAAGAAAUAUCUAGCAGCUGGCAAGGGUACAAAAGCAUGUAAAACUGUCCCAAAACGUGAUAUAUAAUUUUUGUGUAUGUUUCAUGUCAUUAGAUAUGUAUUUUCUAAAGACUUUAUUUAUAUUUCUGUGUUUUGGCUUACCAGGUUUCAGAAAGCAUCCUGCUUCAAAUUUCAUUUAUGUAUUGAGUUGUGUGCCUUGGAUGUUUUCUUCAGGCUUGUCUUAGAAAAUCAAUAAGUUAUUGGGAGCAGAAAGUAAAGUGUAAGAGUCUGUAUACAGGUAGCCCUCAGUUUGUGCCGGUUCAAUUUCUGAUAAUUCAAAAUAAUACUAGUUUUAAACCUAGAGGAAUGUGAAAACAUAUUUUUAACAUUUUACUUUUUUGUGUGCUGCUGCUUGUACUAAAUCAUAAUUCUUGGAGUUUUUUCCUUUCAAUAUGCAAAUUAUUCUAUUAUGGUUAGAUGAUCAGUAAAAACUGCUUAUCAAGUAUAAGCAUUUGAGUAUUAAUGUGUACUUUUAAGGGAUUUCAUUCCUACACUGUAGUUCCUGGUUGUGUGAUGAAGUUUAAGUGUGUUGAUAAAAUUUACCCAGUGCAAAUAUGCAGUCAUCUUAUAAAUCAGUGGCGAUGGCAUCCAUUGUUAACUCAAAAUUGCGUUUUCUGAGAGCAAGUAAAAGAUUGCAUGAAAGAAAAAAAAGCCUUAUUAUAAAUAACAGAAAAAUACAGAUUAUCAUUUACCUAUGUUUCCAUGCAGUUUAAUAUGUAGAAUAAAUUCAUGUGGUUACAUAAAUUAGUAUUCAAAGGAAAAAUAACAUUUUUAUAAAUAAUGAAAGCAUCAAUGAAAAUGGAGAAACUAAAUUAUAAAGUGACAUUAAGGAACAAUAUUUACAACAGAACUUAAAAAGUCAUUAAGCUCAUGUAAAAAUUUGGUUAGUUUUUUUUUUUUUUUUUUUUUU